GCGCGCUUACGUACACCGACUUGUCGCGCGCGUACUCCCAGUUCGUCCGUUUGUAUAGACUUCUCGCCCGGCUCAUUAUUCGUGUUUACGUUGCCAGGGCCGCGAUUAACAUGCUGGCCAGUGAAACGUUCGUCGGGUCGAUUACGAGCGCGUACGUGUGCGCGGCACAACGAAAAAGGGGCGCGGAUUUACGGCACACAUCUUCUCGAUCGCGAGCGACCGAUCGUUAGAUUCCUUCUUGGCCGUUGUUCUCGUUAUUAUUUUCGUCGCCGCUGUCGGCCGUGUGCAAACGGCCACAGCGAUCGUCGUAGGCGAGGAUCAGUGCUCGCGUACACGCCCAAGGUCAUUGUUUUUAGGGCACGUCGCACACGUAUGGUUGAGCUGUCAACGGCUCUCAGCGUUCCUUUGGACGCGGCAAAAGAGAGAUUAUGAGCAAGCGCGAAUUGGUGCGUUGAGCAAGCGAGGCUGAUGAAAGUCACUUGGGCGCGCGUGCAGCGGUCGAAGUCGUACUCGACGAUCGCGCGCGCAUCCUUGCGGGCUAGGAGAAUUGCGCACAGACGUUAACGGACUGUCUGCACCCAACGCCUCGAAAGCCUAAUAUCAUCUAUCUUCCAUCAUUUUCAUUGUCGUCCAAUCGACGACUCUCGUCGCCUUUUUUCUUCGUCGUGCUUUCACCGCAAAUGGAAAAAAAAGAACAAAAGCGUCGUCGCGUAGGAACGAAGGUCCCCAAGGUUAACGAAGCAAAGCAUCAACAAGAUGGAUCGCAGGUGUUCGAAGAGGCCGGUGCUCAGGACUCAGAGAAAUGGCGCAGAGAGGCAGGGAUACUGGCGACCCCGCCCGGGGGCAACUUCCCCCAGCGGAACACCGGCCGCAUCAAAUUCGAACAGCCCACGGUGCCGGUGGUAUUCGUUCUUGGUGGACCGGGAAGCGGCAAGGUGACACAUUGCGACAACCUCAUGCAGGAGAAGAAGGGCAUAGUCCACAUCAACAUGACCGACCUCCUCCAGCAAUACGUUCUCGGCAAUGGCAUGGUGGACUUUGGCAUGCUGAGCAGCAAAGUGGUGACAGAGGUGUUGAUGCUCGAAAUGAGAAUGUCUCCAGAGGCCAAAACCUUCCUCGUUAGCGGUUAUCCGAGGAACAUAUCCGACGUGGUCGAGUACUCUGAAAAGAUCCAAAUAGUGAACGGAGUGAUCAUGGUCGCGUGGAGGCAAGAGGUGCUCGAGGAGCAGAUCGAGUACGGGGCGCGCCUCGGCCAGGUGAUAAUCGAGUUGGCGCGCCAAGAGCUGAAGAACUUCUUCAACGACGGCGUGCCGGUGGCCGAGUACUUCAACGCCAGCGGGAUGCUCUACAUGGUGAACGGCGAGAGGAACCCGUCUGAGGUCUACGUGGACUUUCGCGAGGCGGUGAUGACGGCGUUGGGCCUGACGAACGAGGGCGGCCCGCCCAGGCAAGUGUCGAGCUCGAUGGAGGCCGAAGUGGAGGUCGAGAGGCGUCAGGACGACGGGGAGCGCACCGAGUCGAGCCCGACAGCGCGACGCGGCGCCGUCAUCGCGACGUCAGCGCCCGUCGUCGAGGCCGACGAGAUCCUGCCGUCGAGGUCCGCCGGCGCCAGCGCGAACAGCCAACUGCCACCGAUUGUCUGGGUGCUCGGUGGUCCAGGCAGUAACAAGGCGGUGGUCUGCAGGCAGGCUGUCCGUCAAAGCCGCAAUUGGGUGCACCUGAGUAUGGGUAGCUUACUCGUGACGAUGUCGGCAAGCGAUCCGACCGUUCGCGACGCUCUCGUUGCCGGGGAACUCGUGUCCUCGGAUUUCCUGAUGAGUUUGCUCGAGCAACAGAUCGACAAGCAUCGCGGUGCCGCCGGUAUCGUUAUCGACGGCUUUCCCAGAGACUCGAGUCAAGCGAGAGACUUCGAGAACAAGUUCGGCAUACGCCCAGUCAUGCUGCUACUGGACGUGUCGAAGCAGCAGCCCAAUCGCGGUCGCAUCUACGACAGCGCGGAGGCGUUCGAGCGCCGUCUGAUGCUGUUCCGCGAGCUGUCCCUGCCGAUGCUCAAGAGCUUCGACCGCGAGGGUCGGCUGAGCAUCGUCGAGGGCGACACCGAAUUACCCGCCGACAGACAACAAUUUGCCAAAGCGCUGUUGGAGCUGAUGAGGCGGGUGUCGCGCAACGAGGACGAUCCCAACAGGAUCAGCGUGCUCGAGUCGGAGAUCGAGGAUGCCGACCAGCGCACCGCCAAGUCCACGGCCAACGGCGUCGUCAAGCCUCUCGCCAACGGGGCUGUUCUGAGAGCGAAUGAGGCCACCGUUGGCAAUGGCGUUGCAGGCGCUCGGAAAGUAAUGGCCAACGGAGGCUCGAGCAUCAAGAACGCCACCGGGAAGGUGAUCGCCGUCAACCGACGGCAGCAGCAGCAGCAGCAGCAGCAGCGCCAGCAGAACGGCAAUCCAACGGCGGGAAGCAAGCUAACGGCGAACGGCGGACUGCAUCUGCUGCAGAACGGCGUGACCAAUGGAUUUCUGCCUCGCAGCGGCAAUCGAGUCAAUCCGAUGCCCGUCGAUCCGCUCAGGCGUAUGUACAGCGAGGUCGAGGGUGCCGCCGGUCCGCCUGUCAAUCUGCAUAUAUAGCUGCGUCUCCUUGUUGCAGCCUUGCUUCUCCUUGCCCGCCUUUCUUUUCUUCGCGUACGCACCCACGCGUCUGUUCACUUCGCGAUUGGCAGCGAAAUAUCGAGUUACUUGCUAAAUUUACAUUGCGAUUUGGUUUGCGGGGACCACUUUCUUUUGCGCAGCUCUCUCGAUCGACGACUCUCCAAGAUAUCGGCAUUGUACUUGGCUGACUCUCUCAAUUCCUCGUGGAUUAUAAUGGGUAGACAUUUUUCGAUUGUUACUGUCGGGGGGUCAAAAUUACGCACGAGACGAGGCCGUCAGCGCUUUAUUUAAUUACUUCAUUUCUUGGUUGAUCAAGUCAAAUAACCGUGGACUGUUGCAAUACAACUGGAAAAUGAAAUCUACGGUUAAGCACUGUACAUUAUAUAUAUAUAUAUAUAUAUAUAUAUAUAUAUGUAUGUGUACAUAUAUAUGUAUGUAAAAGUAUCGAAAUAAGUACACCAGCUAUAGAAUACUUGAGUAGUGGCUAAGAUGUGUAAUUUAAGGCAACUCGUGGAUUUCUUAAUUUCGAGAAACUAUCUAAAAACGUAAUCGACUUGUACGCGUAGAAGGAAAACUGUUCGGCCUUUGAAUAUACGAAGUUGACAAAAGUUCGGUACUCAGAGGUUUGACAAAGGAUACUUUCUCGAGAUUAAAUAUCGUGCGUCCAACCGAUAGACUGUUUUCUACAACCAUAAGAUUAUAGAAUUUUAACAAGCAACAAAUAAACAACCGUUAGCCAAGUAAGUUAUUGACGACACGUAUAAUAGGUAUCUCUAGCUUAUAAUGCCUAAUUUAUAGACAAACUGUAAAUAAUCGCCUCUAACGAGCGAUGCUGAAAUGAGAAACAUAAACCCUUAAAUGCGUAUUGUUAUUAAAAUAAAAAGAGUCGUUCUGCUUUCGAGGAGUAUAAGAACCAAAGCGCAAUAGUUGAUUAUACUGUACAUGAUUGCUUUGCGCGCGCUUCGAGAUUCGCGAGCGUUCAGACGGCCGCCGGAAAAAAAAACAAUCCGACGAUCGCACAGGCUUCGACAAAUUUACUGCCUUUCUUGAAAAGAAUAAAAAAAAAUCAAUGCCGCGGAGCUGCGGAGCGCGCCCAUACCGUUUUACCCUACCAUUUGCGCGAGUUGCGUCGAUAAUCGAUAAACUGAACUCUUCUUUUGUACUAUAUACGCCCAUUUAGUUACAAUCACUGUACUUUCGUUCGUAUACAUACUUAUAUCGUUUUCUUGUCCAGAAUGUAUUAUUGCACAUCGAUAUUUAAGAAUUUUCAUUAAGAUUUUUUUUCGGUUGAUCACGAAAAUAGAGUACAAAAUAAUGAAUACAAGAAGGAAAAUAAUGUCGGUACGUGUCGAACAAAUUGCAGGGCUAGUUUUGCUCGAACCGCGCAUAGAUUGGUAAAAUUGCCGAGUCGACUUUAAUUUAUUUUUUUACAUACCUCUAUUACUGAAUAGUGGAAGCCUUCUGUUUCGAAUUGUAUAUAAAGAGAAUUAUCGAUCAGCUGGCGUGUUCACGCGUCUAUCAAAAAUAUAUGAGCGCGGAAACGACCAAAGUGAAAAUUACAAAAGCACAUGGAUUAUCAUGGAAAUGUAAUUGAAUGAAAGUGGCGGAGAAAAGAAUGUUUAUCUACGCGCUAAGGUCCAUUAAUAGUUGUACCAUCGUAUCUCUUUGUUUUGCUGUUACACUCCAGAAUGAUCUAUAUUUUCGUGAAUCCAUAUAAACGUGUACCUUCAAUUACGUACAAUUUCAAUCAUAAGGUGGUCAUUCAUAAUUGAUUUUAAGAAAAGCGACAAUAUCACAAAAUUUAUUACAAUUCUAUCGGUGUUAUAUAUUUUAAUAAGUUUCAUUCUUAUUCUCUGACUUGAUAGCUUAUUCUAUUACUUACAAACUCGAAUAACAAAUCAGCUAUUUAUUACAUAAGAUUAUUUAAAUAAUUAAUUAAAAGCUUUCAUGAAUAUUUUCCAAACAACAAUUUCAUAAUUUUAAUUCUUUAUCUUUCUAUUCAAUUUUUUUUAAUUGUACAUUAUUAUUAUUAUUAUCAUUAUUAUUAUUAUUAUUAUUACUAUUAUUAUUAUUAUGAACUAGUUUCUUUGAAAACUUUAGAGAUUGUUAAGCAUCGAUAAAAUUUUUAAAGUGGUUUUAUCGUCAAUUGAAAUUCAUGUCAUGAAUAUUUGAGAUCUUACAAGAUAUUAAAGUUUCAGAUCGACUGUUCACCUGUUUAUUAAGAUAUUGUUAAAUAAAGUACGUCUCUUAUACACAAAGAAUAUAGGACAAGGCGUAAAAAUACAAUGUUUUUUUUUGUUGUAGCCCGUUUUAACAUACAUGACAUCGUUUUGAAAAACUAAACGAUGAUACAUUAAGCUAUUUCAUAUUAUAUAUUUUUUUCCUGAAAAUUGUAUCCGUCUAUUUCUGUUGUAAAACAGUCAUCGAAAACUGAAAGAUAAUUCUUUUUUUACAGUUUAUACUAUAUUUUCGAUAUAUUUUCGUUGCUAUUGUUUAUUUUUCACUCUUCAUUACAUGUUAUAAUAUAACAGAGGUCGUUAUAACAUUUAUGAUUCAUUUAAUUAUAUUUCUUCAAUUUGUUUUUCUUAGCUUUGACCAAAUUAUAAAUUGCGAUAAAACCACAUUAAAGGGUCCAAUGAAUGAAUCUACAUUCAAAAAUGUUUGCCUUGAAAGGUUUUUUCUAUAAUAACUUUUAAUCUGUAUACAAAAUAAUUAACGAAUAAAGUUACAUAUAUUUAUGAUAUUCGCUGUUUUUUAUGUUAUUCAUAAUCUGUUAAAAUUGUAAAAAUAUGGAGCGAUUUAUCUUUAGUUAAUGUUGAAUGUACAGUAUCAACUAGAAUGCAAUAAUAAACGAUCUCUACAC